AUGCCCAAAUUUGGAAGUACUUUACCUAAGAUGGAUGAUGUGUUCAAAUCGCAUCCUCAUCCUGAAAUUUUGACUGAUCUGAUCACUUCACAACGACUUCGAGCGGUCGAUAUCCUUCAAAACCUUAUUCCAGCUAAAAUUACAGAAAUUCAAGCUUUGAUCAAACAAGAGGAUAAUCCAUCUUCUCCACUUUACCGCGGUCAAGUGAACGAGCCAGCUUACACAGAUCCCAAGAUCUUCCAGCCAACCGAUACCGCAAGACUGCAAGUAGGCGAGGACGGCGAGAAGUUGGGACUUGGGAAAAUCAUCAUGCCCAAGGACAUCACCUCUAUCAAGGGCUCAGGCAACAGCAAUCACGAUGGUGAUGACGUCAGGAUGGGUUCUCAUUGGUUUGAAGUUGUUCAGCUCAAUCCUAUUCAAGUCAAAUGCAUGAACAUUGUCACAAAAGAGCUUGAAGAACUUCACUUGCUCUCUCAAGACUUGAAGGUAUGGUUAGAAAUGGAGAUUCCGGUCGUGGAAGAUGGCAACUCUUUCGGCGCAGAAGUUCAAGCUCAUUUGAUCUCUCAAUUAACCGACGCAUACAAGAAAUCGAACUCUAUGCAGAACGGAGUGAGGGCUCAUCAUACUGACAGGCUCAAGCUGGCCACGGAUUGGGCCAAGUAUCCUAACUUCCCGGAUUUUGCUGCUGCCAUUGCUGCGAGCGACAGAUUCGACCAUCACCUGCUCCGAUCAUACCUUCGAUCCGUUCUCAUUUUGUACGGAGGCUUGCUCACUAGAUUCGAAAGAAAUUGGCCAAAAGUGAUUAAUCCAAAGGGCAGUCAUUCAUCCGGUGGCAUGUACUAG